ACGGGGCGGGCGGAGCCGCAGCCGCUGCCGCAGCCGGGGCCGGAGCGGAGCCGCAGCCGGAGCGAGCGCGGAGCCGAGCGGGCGGCAUGGAGGCCGAGCAGGGCCCGCCCGGGCCGCCGCCGCCGCCGCUCCCGGAGAAGAAGAAGAAGCAGCUGCAGCGGGCGCCGUCGCCGGCCCGGCCCAAGGAGGUGCCCGGCUGGUCGCUGGCCAGGAGCCGGCGCGGCGGCGGCGCGCACCCCGGCUCGGCGGCCCCGCGGCUGGCGGGCGGCUCGCACCCGCGGCGGCCGGGCGGCGCCAAGGAGGGCCGCGCCGAGAAGCGCCCGCGGGCGGCGGCGGCGGCGGCCCGCGGCGGCGGUGGCGGCGGCCGGGGCCCCGCGGGCCGCGGCGCGGCGCGGGCGAAGGGGCGGUGCCGCGGGGCGGAGCCGGCGGCCGGGGCGCCGCGGCCGGGGCCGGGGCCGGCGGCCAGCCUGACGGACAGCAGCUCGGAGGUGUCGGACUGCAGCGCCUCCGAGGAGGCCAAGCUGCUCUCGCUGGAGCUGGGGCUCAGCGGCAGCGACAGCGAGUCGCCGGGCAGCGCCCCGCCGCCGCCCUCGGCCGGCGAGGCCUCGCCGCUGCCCGAGGAGCCCUCGGCCGCCUCCAUGGCCAGCAGCCGCCUGCAGCUCAGCACCUCGCUGGCCUUCUCCGACCUCACCGAGGAGCUGCUGGACGCCGGCCACGACGGGCUGCUCCGCGAGCUGGAGGACCUGCGCUCCGAGAACGACUAUCUCAAGGAUGAGAUCGAGGAGCUGCGUGCGGAGAUGCUGGAGAUGAGGGACGUCUACAUGGAGGAGGACGUCUACCAGCUGCAGGAGCUCCGGCAGCAGCUGGACCAGGCCAGCAAGACCUGCCGCAUCCUCCAGUACCGGCUGCGCAAGGCGGAGCGCCGCAGCCUGCGCGUGGCGCAGACGGGGCAGGUGGACGGCGAGCUCAUCCACAGCCUGGAGCAGGACGUCAAGGUGGCCAAGGACGUCUCCGUGCGGCUCCACAAUGAGCUGGAGGCAGUGGAGAAGAAGAGGAUCAGGCUGGAGGAGGAGAACGAAGACCUGCGCCAGAGGCUCAUCGAGACGGAGCUGGCCAAGCAGGUGGUGCAGAACGAGAUGGACAAGCUCCGAGAGAAUUCCUUGAAGAAAAGGGGGUCUCGUUCUGUUGGGAAGACCGAGAAGAAGCCGUCGGUGCAGGAGGACAGUGCGGACCUGAAGUGUCAGCUGCAUUUCGCAAAGGAGGAGUCGGCCCUGAUGUGCAAGAAGCUGACUAAGCUGGCCAAAGAGAAUGACAGCAUGAAGGAGGAGCUGGUCAAAUACAGGUCCUUGUAUGGGGACCUCGAUAGCUCCCUGUCCAUAGAGGAGCUGGCCGACUCUCCCCACUCCCGGGAGGCCGAACUCAAAGUCCAUCUGAAGCUUGUGGAGGAGGAAGCCAAUAUCCUGAGCCGGAGGAUAGUGGAGCUGGAGGUUGAAAACCGUGGGUUGCGGGCAGAGAUGGAUGACAUGAAGGGCCAAGGGGACAAAGAGCUGAUUGGACAGGACAUCCGGUUCCUGUCAUCCUCCUCGAACUGCGGGGACUCUGGGGAGAGCCUCGUGGAGCUGAGACGGCACCUGCAGUUUGUGGAGGAGGAGGCUGACCUGCUGAGGCGCUCGCUGAUGGAGCUGGAGGACCAGAACAAGCUCCUCAUGAACGAGCUGAAUAAGUACAAGUCAGACCAUGACCUGGACAUCACGUUGUCGGAGGACAGCUGCUCGGUGAUCAGCGAGCCAUCCCAGGAGGAGCUGGCCACGGCCAAGGUGCAGAUCAGCGAGCUGAGCGGCAAGGUGAAGAAGCUCCAGUAUGAGAACCGCGUGCUGCUCUCCAACCUCCAGCGCUGUGACCUGGCCUCCUGCCAGACCACCAGGCCCAUGCUGGAGACUGACGCUGAGGCCGGAGACUCCGCACAGUGCGUCCCCACCGAGCUCUGGAGGGACGGGCCCGUUGGCGGGGAGAAUGAUGCCCAGGAGAGGGCACCUGGCAGUGGGAAGGCUCCGGACAGCAGCCCCACCAAGCUGCUCAAGUCCAAGGACUUUGAGACCCUUCUGGGCAUCCGGGACCAGGCAGCACUCGUCAGUAAAGCAAUUGAUGUCCUGAUUUCGGACACCAAUGGCUUCACGUCCAGCCUCAAGUUGUGCCUGGACAACGAGUGCGUGGGUGGGAUGCUGAGCGAGACGAUGGAUAACAACAGCGAGACCCCCAGUGACUCCAAGCUGAUGAACGUUCUCAUUAUGAGGCUUGGUGUCCUACAGCAAGACCUGGGCUGCUUCAUGAGGAAGGUGGAUCACCUCGCAGACUGCCUUAAAGAGCAGACAGACUCUUUCCCCUUCUCCGGCCCCAGCAGCCAGGACUCCACCAAAGAGGCGCUGCAGAAAGAGCACAGCUCCGACUUCCAGCAGCCUGAUUUUAGGGACGCCGACCCUUACCGCAUCACCCACACCAAGGACAUGGACCCCAGUACCGCACAUUCCCGGAGCUACAAAACCUGCCGACCUGAUGAGAACGACUCCUAUGCCACCGAGAUGAAGGAGCUGCAGCUGGUGCUGGCGGAAGCCAACGAGAGCCUGCGGGGCAUGCAGGAGCAGCUCUCUCAGGAGAGGCAGCUGAGGAAGGAUGAGGUGGAUAACUUCUCCCAGAAGAUCUGCCAGCUGAAGGAAGACCACCAGAAAGCUCUCCUGAGGCGGGAGUUUGAGCUGCAGAGCCUGAACCUGCAGAGGCGGCUGGAGCAGAAGUUCUGGAGCCAGGAGAAGAACCUCCUGGUGCAGGAGUCCCAGCAGUUCAAGCAGAACUUCCUCCUGCUCUUCAUGAAGCUCAAGUGGUUCCUCAAGCGCUGGCGCCAGGGCAAGAUCGUGCACAGCGAGGGUGAUGACUUCCUGGAGGUGAACAGCAUGAAGGAGCUGUACCUGCUGAUCGAGGAGGAGGAGCUCGCCCCGCAGCAGCAAGCGGAUAAUAAGACAUGCGUCGGAGACGCCUGGACCCCCAACACGCCCAACGAGUACAUCAAGACGCUGGCGGACAUGAAGGUGAUCCUGAAGGAGCUGUGCACGGAGCUGCGCGAAGAGCGCCGGGGCGCCAACGAGCUGCAGCAGCAGUUCACCAAGGCCAAGGCCGCCUGGGAGAUGGAGCGCGCCGAGCUCAAGUGCCACAUCGCCCAACUGGAGUCAAAGGCAGGCAAAGGGAUCGCAGAACGAGCUCUGCCAGACUGGAAGGUAGCAUUGAAGAGGGAGCGAGAGGAGCACCAGCAUCUCCUGGCCGAGUCCUACAGCGCUGUCAUGGACCUCACCAAGCAGCUCCAGAUCAGCGAGAAGAACUGGAACCAGGAGAAGGUGGAGCUGCUGGCCCGGUUCAAGGAAGAGCAGCAGCAGGCAGAGCAGCAAGCUAAGGACCUGCAGAACAAAAUCAACCAGUUGCAGAAAGGAGCCAACCCGUGGGCUUUGAAGCACUCUGAAAUGGAGAAGCACAGCAGCAACUGGAAAGAGGCUCUCAAUGAAAAAAUCACAGACAAAGAGACAAUCUCUGAAGAAGAAGCCAAGGGAACCAACUUAAAAAGGACAAAGUCCAUUUCCUCUAUGUCAGAGUUUGAAAGCUUGCUCGACUGUUCUCCCUAUCUCCCUGGAAAGACUGUGCCGGGGCUCGUCGACCAUUCCCGAGGCAAGAAGGCAUCUCCAGCUGCACAGCUGCUGCCCAGCGGCAUCCGGGACAGCACCAGCGUUCCUCCCCCGAACUGUACAUAUGUGAAUAUUGAGCAACCUGCCCCCGACAGCCUGGCCAAAGAGAAGCUGGGCAUCUCCUCUUGGGACUACUCCCGGGCAAGCAACCUCUCUGGGCAUGACCCAUCCCAGAAGCAAAUGCAGAGGAGCUACACGGCACCCGACAAGACGGGGAUCCGUAUCUACUACAGCCCCCCUGUGGUCCGAAGGCUGGAGGCACCUCUGGUCCACAACAAGGAGGGGAAGAUUAUGAUUGAACCUGGUUUCCUGUUUACGAUGGCCAAGCCAAAAGAGCCAGAGGAGUCAGACAGUGCUGAAAACACAUAUAGCCAGUGGCUGUGCAACUUCUCCAAGCAGCACCGAGAGCUGCUGGACGGUGGCACCGUGGAGAGCACGGUGCCCCCAGUUCCCCGAUUCCCAUCCUCCCUGCACGACCUGGAGAUCUCUGGCAACAUGAGCGAUGACAUGAAGGAGAUCACCAACUGCGUGCGGCAGGCAAUCCGCUCCAGCUCGCUGGAGAGGAAGGUGAAAAGCACUUCCAGCCAAACAGUGGGGCUGGCGAACGUGGGGACCCAGACCAUCCAGACGGUGAGUGUCGGCCUGCAGACAGACCUGCCCCGGAGCAGCAUGCACAGCAAGAGCUGGUCCCCGCGCAGCUCUUCCCUCAUGUCUGUGCGCAGCAAGCAGAUCUCAUCCUCUCUGGAUAAGGUCCACUCCAGGAUCGAGCGGCCGUGCUGCUCCCCGAAAUACGGCUCCCCAAAACUCCAGAGAAGGUCUUCCUCCAAGCUGGAUGCCACCAAGGACAGGAGCCUCUGGAACCUCCACCAGAGCAAGCAAAAUGGGUCUGCCUGGGCCCGGUCCACAACAACCAGAGAUAGCCCCGUCCUCAGCAACAUCAAUGACGGCUUGUCCAGCUUGUUCAGCGUGGUGGAGCACUCCGGCAGCACAGAGUCCAUCUGGAAACCGGGCUGCCCGGAAAGCAGGGCCAAGCCCGAAGCCCCCAAGUACGGCAUUGUGCAGGAGUUCUUCAGGAACGUCUGCGGGAGGGCGCAGAGCCCCACAGCCACUGUGGAGAAGAAGGAGGCCAUUGGUGAGGAGGGCAGCAAGAAAGUGGAGCACCCCACCCCUGCCACCUACCACCAGGCCGAAACCGUCUCCCGCAUCUUGAACAAGAAAGUCCUCAAGCAAAGCAGCUGUGAGGACCCGAAGCCAUUGUCCCCAGGCCAAGGGAGCAAGGACACAACCCCACGGGACCCGGACCUCAUCUCGGCUAUAGCCAGCGAGGACACAGCGUGUGACUGCAGCUCCCAGUCCCUCACCUCGUGCUUCGCCCGGCCGUCCCGCUCCGCUGUCCGCCACUCCCCCUCCAAGUGCAAACUGCACCCCUCGGAGCCCGGCAGGGCCGAGGAGAAGCUGGGGCCCUCCAGUGAGUGAGGGCAGAGGGACCGGGCUACGCAGUGCGUCUGCUUUCCGCUGUCCUGCCCGCAGAGCGCCCUCCCCGACUCCCGCUGCCGCCCGGGUGCCAGCCGUGCCCCGGGAGCCGAGCGCGGCCCCGCGGCCCCUCUCAGAGACGGGUGCGCCCACAUCUGUCUCCUAACUGUUCCCUCGCCCGCGGGGAUGCUUAAGAAGCAGAUGUCACGCUCAAGCCGGCGACGGAGGCUCCCGGGCGCGGAGGGCCGUUGGCACGGAGGAGCCGCGCGGUGAGGCUCGCCGCUCCCGCCGGGGAGCGCGGGCAGCAGGAGAGAGCCGGUGCCGAGCCGCUGCGCCUCGGAGCCUCUGCCCGCCGGAGCGCGAGCCGGCACUGGGCUGCAGGGUCCCGGGGAAGAGCCGCCCCGGAGCGGCCUCCGGAAAGCCAGCUGAGAGCCCACCACGCCAAGGACUCCCUAGCGCUGGGCCGCGGCUCGCGAGGGCCCCGCGGAGGGGGAGCCGACGGGGGCGGCCGUGCGAGAAAACGCCGCAGUGACACUGUUAACGUAGGUAGCGGCAGGGCCGGUGGGAGAAGCCCUGCAGGGCCCACUGUAUAAAGUCGAUGGAUGUCCGUGUGAUGCCGUUGUCCGUGUGGUCUCCCGGCCCGGGCAGCGCGGCUGCAUGGGCGGAGGGUGCCGGCUCCACGCUCCGCCGGCCGCAGGCAGCGCCGGCCGCAGCCCCCGGCGCAUCCCUGCCCGGCCGCGAUUGCUGCGCGGUUGCAUCAGCCCGCUGCCGCCUGCCGCACGUGCUUCCUCGGCCGGGAGGAGCAGCGGGGAGGAUCCCCGAGAUGGCCCGGAGGCCGGGCUCCGUCCCGGCUCCUCCCCAGCCUGCGUCCUGCUCCAGCCGCGGCCUGGGGGGCUGCAGUCAUCCUUCCCUGCACGUCCACCCUUUCCCGGUGCGGAGAGCUGGCAGGGGAGCAGCAGGGCACCCGCCUCCCUUCCUGGAGCCGCUUUUAGUUACUCACUCAUCCAAGUGCUGCAGAUACAUGUUCCUCCCCUCUUUGCCCCCGUUUUUGGCCGUGCCCAUCUCCAGACAGCCUGCAAUGUAAAGCCAAGUGCAAUUUAAAAGUAACAAAAAGGAGCUAAAUUGGAAAAACACCAAUUGGAUUAAGAGAUUGCGGGCUGGGAGGCUGCAGCUUCAACCGCGGUCUCCGCCACGCAGCAUUUGGUAGCCGCGAGAACAAGCCUUACGCAGGGAGCACCGGGGAGGGAAGAGGAUGCAGCCCCCGUGGCGGCACGGUGCUCCGGUGCAGCCGCAGAUCUCGCCCUCCAAAAAUAAUGCGCGGCUGCGAAAGGUGCUAGUGAAGCCCCAGUACCUGCCUGCAGCUCACCAGGUGCUUCCCCAGCUCCGUUUUGGAGGGGUGAAAGGCACCUGCUGGGAGCAUGCGGUGGGCAUCGGGAUGUCCACCCACGGCCAGGCCCCGGGGUUGUCCCCCAAAGCGCUCCCAGAGCAGCGUUAGUCACCUGCGCUCCCCUUGCAGCCGAGGGAGAGGGAGGCAAUCGCAGGGUGCCGUUGGCCUGACCUCUUUCAGAGUCUGCCGUGGGGACGAGCUGGGUGCCAUCUGUUCUCCCCCCGGCUGCGAGAAGGGCCAGGGAGGGAUUUGCCCAGGUGGAGCUGCCUGCAGGUGGCUGGAUCUUAGGGGGAGCUCUGCACGUUGCUCUGGGAGCUCUGUGCGUUGCUCUGGGGGCUUUGGGCAUUGCUUGGGGGCUCUGUGCAUUGCUCUGGGGCUCUGUGCAUUGCUCUGGGGGCACUGCACGUUGCUCCACGGGCUCUGCGCAUUGCUCUGGGGGCUCUGCGCAUUGCUGUCAUCGCAUCUUGCAGCUUCGCUGAAAGAGCGCUCUUGCUGUUGAAGCUGCUGCCCCCUCCCGUCCGGCUGCGCCGUGCCCGCAGCAGGCAGGCUGCACGCGAGCACCGCUGCCACGUCGCAGCCUCCGUCAGCAUCGCAGCGAUGGCCGGUCACUGCCGGGGGCUCAGGACCCGCCGGCGUCGGCCAGGGCCCAGCAGGCUCUGCACAAACUGCCUUUUCCUCCCGCGGGCGCCUGGCCGCCCCGGCGAGCCCCACGGCCCCUCGUCCCCUGGGGGUGCGGGAUGCGGCACGGGCAGCACGCUGCCCACCCUCACCAGCAGCCCCGACGGCGGACGGGGCCCGCGGGGGCCCCGCGUCCUCGCGCGUGCCGGGGCGCUCGGGGUCCCGUGCCCCGGGAGGCGCAGCGGUAACGCGGGCAGUCUCUCCUGCUGUACAUAGUUCCUUUCGGGGUGGUUUUUAGCAUUUUCAUUGAUAACUCGGGUUUGGUUUUUUUUUUAGAGACUCUCUACUUUUGGAACGUGGUUUCUCAUUUUUACAACUGCCUUUUAAUUAUUUGUAAUACUGGUCAGUUCUGUCUCACUCUGUAAAUAGCGGUGCUGGGCGUUUCGGCGGGGGAGCGGCGGGCGCUCCGGGGCCUGGCAGCCCGUGUCCGGUGCUGAGCCGGGCGCCCACCAGCAGCCCCGGCACCUCCGCGCUUGGGAUUCGCGAGGGCAGAGGUGCCGUGCAGUGCUUUGGCCAAGCCCCGGUAGAAAAUUUACUUGAAAUGAGAGUGGCUAAUUUGGCUGCCGGGCGCCGAGCUCGGCCGAGUCCUGCCCUCCACCAAAGAUCUACUUGCCAUUGCCCCUCUCCUCCUGGUUCCUCUCCGCUGGCGCAGCCCCAAGGUCGCAUGAAGGGCGCUCCUGCCCCUGAUGACGGGGCCCCGUCCCGCGCCACCGUGCCACCCCGGUGUGACGUGCCUGCUUGUCGUGUGAUAAAUAAGGGCCUGCAAGCCCUCAGCUCAACCCUUCGGCCAUGUCCUCCCUGGGGCCGGGCACCUCCCGCCGGCGUGCCGUGGGGUGGCCCUGUUCCUCCGGCCCGGCUUUCCCCCAUCCUCCAGCCGCCCAGCCUGCGUGUGUCACCCCUUCCCUCGCCAGCCUGGCUGUCCCCAUCCCCGUUCCUCGUGUGCUGGCCCCCACGCGCCACCGGGCUGCACCACGCCAACAGCCAGGCUCCCUGUCCUCGCAUGCGGGUCCUCUGCAUCGUCUCCCCAGGCCCUGCCACCCUGCAUGGCGCUCCUGUUACUGCUCCUCGGUGCUCUUGGUGCUUCUUGCUCCUCCCAGGUGCCACCCCCAUCCCAUCCCACCUGGCUGCUCACCCGAAUGCUGCACGUGCCCGUCUCACCCACAUCUCCGUCCCCGUCACUGCCCCUGCUGUUCUGCCCUUUUGCCCCUCACCAGUGGCAGAUCUGAGCUGCCUCCAGGCUCACUACAUUAAACCGUUCCUCUGCCAGGUCCUCCAUCACCUGCUGUCUCCUGUCCCUCCUUUCUCCACUCCUCCAUCGCCCACCAUCUCCCAUCCCUCCUUUCUCCACUCCUCCAUCGCCCACCAUCUCCCAUCCCUCCUUCCUGUGCCCCUCUCUUGCUUGCCAUGUCCCAUCUCUCCCUGACCUGCUCCUCUGUCACCCACCAUGUCCCAUCUCUCCUUCCUCUGCUCCUCCAACACCCACCUUCCAUCCUUCCUUCCUGUGUUCCUUCAUCACCCACUACCUCCCUGUCCUCCCUUCUGUCUUCCACCAUUGCCCAACUCCUCCCAUCCCUUCUUCCUGUGCUCCUCCAUUGUUCACUACCUCCCAUCACUCCUUCCUCUGCUCCUCCAUCACCUACUACCUGCCAGCCCUCCUUUCUCUGCUCUACCAUCACCCACCGUCUCCCAUCCCUCCUUCCUGUGCUCCUCCUUUGCUUGCCAUGUCCCAUCCCUCCCUGACCUGCUCCUCCAUCACCCACUAUGUCCCAUCUCUCCUUCCUCUGCUCCUCCAACACCCACCUUCCAUCCUUCCUUCCUGUGUUCCUUCAUCACCCACUACCUCCCUGUCCUCCUUUCUGUCUUCCACCAUUGCCCAACUCCUCCCAUCCCUCCUUCCUGUGCUUCUCCAUCGCCCACCACCUCCAAGCCCUCCUUCCUCUGCUCCUCCAUUGCCCACCAUAUCCUAUCCUUCCCUGCUUUCCUCUUUCAUCACCCUGCAUCUCAUAUCCCUCCAUCCUCUCCUCCUCCAUUGACCAUGGCAUGUGGUCAUUCCAUCCCUUCCUACUAUCCUCCAUUACCCAUGAUGACCUAUCCCUUCCUCCUGUGGUCCUCCAUCACCCACCAUGGCCCAUCUCUCCUUCUUCUGCUCCUCUAUUGCCCACCACCUCCCUAUUGCCCACCACUUCCCAUCCUUCCUGUGUUCCUCCAUCACCCACCACGACCCAUCCUUGCUUGAGCAGGGGGGUUGGACUAGAUGAUCUCCAGAGGUCCCUUCCAGCCUCAAUCAUUCUGUGUAUGAUUCUGUGUGAUCCCUCCCUCCUGUGAUCUGUCAUCACCUAUCAUGUCCCAGCCCUCCUGUGCUCCUCCCUAGCCUACCACAUCCCAGCCCUCCCUGCCCUGCUCCUCCAUCACCCACCAUGCCUCUAUCCCUCCCUCUUCUCCAUCAACCACUACCUCCCAUUCCUUCCUCCCUCCUCUCCUCCAUCACCCACCUUCUCCUGUCUCUCCUUCCUGUGCUCCUCCCUUUCUUGCCACAUCCCAUUCCCUCCCUGACCUGCUCCUCUGCCACCACCAUCCCAUCCCUCCUUCCUCUGCUCCUCCAUUGCUCACCACCUCCCAUCCCUCUGUCUCCUUCUCCUUCACCCACCACCUCCCAUCCUUCCCUCCUGUGCUCCUCUAUUGCCCAUUACUUCCCAUCCCUCCUUUCUGUCUUCCUCCAUCACCCUCCACCUCCUAUCCCUCCUUUCUCUGCUCUUCCAUGGCCCAUGACCUCCUAUCCCUCCAUCUUCUCCUCCUCAGUCGCCCAACACAUCCCAUCCCUCCUUCUUGUGCUCCUCAAUUGCCAACGACCUCCCAUCCUUCCAUCCUCUCCUUUUCCAUCACCCAUGACAUCCCAUCCCUCCUUCUUGUACUCCUCUAUCACCCACCGCCUUCUGUCCCUCCUUCCUCUGCUCCUUCAUGGCCCACUGCCUCCCAUCCCUCUGUUUUCUCCUCCUCCAUUGCCCACCACAUCCCAUCCCUCUUUCUUGUGCUCCUCCAUCACUCACCAUAUCAUAUCUCUUUCCUCUGCUCCUCCAUCACCCACAAGGUCCCAUCCCUCCAUCGUCUCCUUCUCCAAUGCCCACCACAUCCCAUCCCUCCUUUCUGUGCUCCUUCAUCAGCCACUCACAUCCCUCCCUCCUCUGCUCCUCCAUCACCCAUCUCUCCAUCGCUCCAUCCUCUCCUCCUCCAUCGCCCAUGUUUCAUCCCUUCUUCCCGUGCUCCUCCAUCACCCACCACAUCCCAUCUCUCCCUGCUCUGCUCCUGCAUUGCCCACCACAUCCAUCCCUCCCUGACCUGCUCCUCCAUCACCCACCACAUCCAUCUCUCCCCCCUGUGCUCCUCCAUCACCCACCACAUCCAUCCCUUCCUUCUGUGUUCCUGCAUUGCCCACGGCGUCCCACCCCCUGUUCAUCUGUCACCAUCCCUUCAUCUCUUCUGUUCCUCCUCCAUCCCCUUCCCAUCCCUUCCAACCUCCUGCUUCACCUUCAGCUUCUUUUCUUCCUCCUGUUCCUCCAGUUGUCAACAUCUCACUAUCCCUUCUCAUCUUCCAUCAGCUCCCACCAUCCCCUCAUCCCUCCUCUUCUUCUCUACAUCUUAUCCUCUUCCUAUCUUUUCUCAUCCUUCAUCAACUUCCAUCAACAACCCAACCCUCUGUAACCUGUGCCACUUCUCAUUCUUCCCCAUUUUUUCAUCCUCUUCUAUCUCCUAUCUCAUCCCUUUCAUCCUUCUCCACUUCCCUCCAUCUCAAAAUCCAUCCUCACCUUCCCACCAUUUCCCAUCCCUCCAUGUCCUUCUCCACUUCCCAUCUCCCACCCAUCUUUAUGUUUUUCCACCUACCAUCUCCUCAUCCCUCCUCUUCUUUCUCCAUUUCCCCAUACUUUCUUGUCCUCCUUCACCUGCCAUGAUUUCCUCAUCUCUACUAUCAUCCUCUUCCAUCCAUCAUCAUUUCACCAAACUUCCUCAUCCUCCUCCACCUCCCACUGUUCCCCAUCCUUCCCCAUGCCCCAACACCUCCCACUAUUGGCCUGUUCCUCAUCAUCAUCCGCUUCCCACCAUCUGUCCAUUCCUUCUCUUUCACCUCCAACCUCACACUCUUUUCCUCUUCAUCCUCCUGCACUUUGCGUCACCUUCCAUCUCGCCUCGUCCUCCUCCAUCUCUCACCAUCUCGUCAUCCCUCCUUUUCUUCCUCCAUCUCAGUCUCCCUACUCCUCCUUGUCUUCUGUCAUCUUCCAUCAUCUUCCCAUCCCUCCUGUCAUUCUCCUUCACUUGCCAUCAUUUCCCCAACAUUCCUCAGCCUUUUCCACCUCCCGGCAUUCCCCAUCCCUCCUCAUGCUCCAUCACCUCUUGCCAUUUCCCUUUCCCUCCUCAUCUUCAGCCUCCCAUAACCCCCCCGUCCUCCUCAGUGUUCUCUACCUCCCACCCUCUCCUUAUUCCUCCUCAUAAUCCUCCACCUCUCCCCAUCUCCCCAUCCCUCCUUCUCCUCCAAGUAUCUCACCUACCUCACGGAUUUCCCACUCACCCCUUCUCAUUUCUCAUCUUACUGAUCUCUAGCUAUCCUACCUCACCCCACAUCUCCCCCUCUCACCUCCCUUUCAUUCUCCUUCACCUCUCAACUCUACCCCUCCCCUCCCAUCUCCCAGCCUGCUCUCCUGCCAUCCUUCCUGUCCUCUGUCCUCCCUGUACUCUCUUAUUCCCAGCAUGUCUGACUCCUGCUGUUGUUAUCUCCCUCUCUCCCUGCUUUGUAUCCCAUCUCUUACCAACCCAGUAAAGCCACCUUCAGCCCAACCAUCCUUCUUGCAAGCAAAAGAGUCACGAUCUGUUGGAGAUGGGACUGUGAGGGCUAGGUUAGAUGGAGAACCAGGCCCCCAUCCCAUCCCCACUGCUCAGAGCUCUUUUUUAGUAGAAACAAUGGCCACAGAUUGCAGGUUGGGAGAUUCAUGUUGGAAACCAGGAAACACUUCUCCCUGGAGGUGGUACAGCUGGAACUGGUCACAAGAGAAGUAGGAGAAUCUCUGCCCUUGGAAGGCUUCAAAAUUCAGCUAGACAAAGUCAGCAGUGCCCUGAUUUAGCAUUAGCAACAGCUCUUUUGGAGCAAGGAGCUGAACAAGAGCCUCCUGUGGUCGUUUCUAAAAUACACAUCUGUGCAAGCUUUGUGGAAGACUUCUCCAACAAGUGGAGGAUUUUGGAGAGGGGCAAGAAAGGCCAGACAUGAAAGGCCAUCUCUGCCAUUUGCAGCUGCUCAUGCAGCUUGAGCAGGCCAUCCUGUGCUGCUCAAGCAGGACCAUCCCAUGGUGCUCAAGCAGGAUCACCCCAUGCUGCUUGAGCAGGACCACCCCAUGCUGCUUGAGCAGGACCAUCUCAUGCUGCUUGAGCAGCAUGGGCCAAGCCAAAGGGGUUUCCGGAAAGACUGCCAGGUCACAGGCCUGAGCCAAGGGGUAUCCCUGAGAUAACUUCUCAGACCCUAGAGCACGGACCUUUGCAUCAUCUUCAUUUUGCUUCCCUUGGGCUGGGGCCAUGCAGGGACAUGGCCAUCCCCUUCCAACACCCUUAUGGCUACACCAGGGCAUGGGGCUACUGGUGCUGCUGCCAAGGGGAGGACAGGCCUCCUCUCCAUCCCACAGGAGCCUUGUGCCCUGAGGGAACUGCAUGCAGGGCCCAUUCAGAGCAUCCCACAUCAUUUGCGCACAAGGGCCAGCUGGCCUCUCUUGAGGGCAGGCGUUGCCCCUCAGUGUUGGAGGCUCCCAGCCAUCCCACAGAGGGUCUCCUGCCCCUUUCCAUGGUGAUGUGUUUAAAGGACUGUCCCACUGCAUUACCAGCAGAGACAGGGUGGCCACUGUCUUGACGGGGUGUGGGGGGGUGUCAUUUGUAAAGUGUUGCCAUCCAAAUGCCUUCCUGGCUGGUGAUUUUGGGGGAGGGGUGGAGGGAAUUUGCUACCUGUGUUAGAAACUAGCUGAACUUAGGUGUCUCGCCAAGCUGGAUUUCUUAUUCCAAAUGUUCAAACUGUUGUAUAUUGUACUGGGAUUUUUACAUUGAAUUAUUGUAGAAAACAAAAAUUUAAACCAAGUCUGUUAAAAAUAAACACUAAAAAAUUCUCUAUGAAAAAAACAGUCCAA